AUGGCUGAAGAAAUCGAUUAUGAGUCGUUACCGACUAAUUCGCCACUUUCACACCAGUUAGCAGCCGGUGCCUUUGCUGGAAUAAUGGAGCACUCAAUAAUGUUUCCCAUAGACGCCAUCAAGACGCGGAUGCAGGCUCUCAGUGCAACAAUGGGGUCGGCUACAGCGGCUACAAAGCUGCCAACGAAUAUCGUGCAACAGAUUGUUAGCAUUUCCACAGCCGAAGGGUCCAUGGCGCUAUGGAAGGGUGUGCAAUCUGUGAUUCUGGGCGCAGGGCCGGCCCACGCAGUAUACUUCGCUACCUACGAGAUGUGCAAGGCCCAUCUCAUCGAUCCACAGGACUUUCAGACUCACCAGCCGCUGAAGACUGCUGCCAGUGGUAUUGCCGCCACCAUUGCAGCCGAUUUACUCAUGAACCCUUUUGAUACCAUUAAGCAGCGUAUGCAAUUACAAUCAAUCUCCAAAGAUCGGAUGUGGUCAGUGGCAUCUCGCAUCUACCGAAAUGAGGGGCUCGCCGCCUUUUUCUAUUCAUAUCCCACCACGAUCGCAAUGAAUAUUCCAUUUGCUGCGUUCAACUUUGUCAUUUACGAAUCUUCUACGAAGCUUCUAAACCCUGAUAAUUCUUAUAACCCGCUGAUACACUGUAUGUGCGGUGGUGUAAGCGGUGCAACGUGUGCCGCAAUCACUACACCAUUAGAUUGCAUAAAAACCGUUUUACAAGUGCGCGGAAGUGACAGUGUUGUGGUUCCAAUAUUCAAGCAAGCCGACACUUUUUCCAAGGCCGCUACCGCUAUAUUUAAGGUUUACGGCUGGAGAGGGUUUCUAAGAGGGCUGAAACCUCGUAUAAUCAGCACCAUGCCCGCCACAGCAAUUUCGUGGACUGCAUAUGAAUGUGCCAAACAUUCACUCUUCAAAUAA